AUGCGCCGACAUCCGCUUCGAGGCUCGCAGUCGGCGCGGUCUGCCAACCCUCCAGAUGCUCUCAGCUUGAUCCAAAGUUAUGAUUCAGAUCUGAACCCUUCGAGACCCGUCAAGUCGUCCCCUCUAGGCUCUUCACUCGACACCGGACUUCCACUCGAGCUUGUCGAUCGACUCAAAGCGUUCCCCCUCUUCGCGACCGCGCCCGAAUCCUUCCUACUCUCAAUCGGCAAGAGUCUACGUCCAAACAUAUAUCAACCAUCACAAGAGAUCAUCAGAGAAGGCGAAGAUGCAAAGGCGAUGUACUGGCUUGUUCGUGGCUCAGUGCGCGUCACGAGCAGGGAUGGAGAAAGCACAUACGCCGAGCUCAAGCCCGGCUCGUUCUUUGGAGAGAUUGGAAUCCUGAUGGACAUGCCGCGCACUGCCAGCAUUGUGGCGAGCAUAAGGAGUUUGGUCGUUCGACUGAACAAGGAAGACCUGCAGAAAGAGCUGCCUUCCUACCCCGACGUUGAACAAGCGAUAAGAGAUGAAGCGCUCGAGAGACUGGCCAUUUUGGAACGCAAGAAGAAAGAAAGGGGUACAAGUCAACAUACGAGUCAAGAUGGUAGCAUGCGACCACCUGCAGCACCGCGCAAACGAUCACGUGAUUGGAUGGCCGGCGACGUUGAGAUGGGCGAGGCUGGCUCUUUGGAAGACGGAGAGGUGACGAGCAACAAGAAACGAAAGUCGCCAUCGCCGGGGAUUGCAGAAGUUGCGGCUUCCAGCGCGCUCGGCUCCUCACCUCUGACGGUGCGGCAGCUACUGAAAGAGCUACCACUAUUUUCUGGCCUGCCAGCGGAUAUUCUCCACUACCUCGGCGUGAAUGCACAACCGGUCUCGUACCCACCCUUCACCGAGAUUGUUCGGCAGGGAAGCAGUGGGCGUGAAGUGUACUUCAUUAUCAAGGGUAACGUGGAGGUUGUGACCGAAGUUCCUGGCACAAAACGAGCAUCAGCGCAAGCGCUCACACCCGCAGAAACCAACGGCCAUGCACAACAUCCAGAGCAACGGAUACGGGCUCGCCUUGUGGCUGGACAGUAUUUUGGCGAGGUAACGAGUCUCAGCCUUGCACCAAGACGAACGGCUACUGUACGAAGUGUCAACGCAGUGGAAUGCCUUCUCAUCAACGGCGAAGUCUUAGAUGAACUAUGGAGGCGCUGUGGGCCUGAACUUCGACAACAAGUCGAGAAUGAGGCGAGAAGACGACUCAAGGCAGCCCGAAAGGACGACGACAUCGUGAUGACCGACGUAGGAGGGCCUGUUGGCGGUGGCGUCCACACCGCUGCAGACUCUGGUGAAGAUUCCGAUGCAGGUAACGAAACCGAGGAUGAUUGGCGAAAGGACCUGCCGCAAGUCAAAUUCGAAGAACCGCUGCCAUUAGAAGAGGCUGGCCAUUCGCCUACAGCAUCACAGAUGGAGCCCAUCGACCCAGAUCCAUUCUUCAACGAGAACCUCGACAACAUGCGCGCUAAGUCACGAAGGUCGUCUCUUGCGCCGCCUGUGCCUUCACCAGACAACCAUUCAGCCGAGAACAGGACCCCCAGUCCACCUUUGGUCCGUGUCCUCCCAUCAUCGCCAUUGAAGCCGUUUCCGCACAAGAUGUCUCCGAUAUCAUCGCCAGCCUCAGCAUCACCAAGCUCUCCUUUACGACUGAGUCCGGUUGCCACGAGAAGACCGAGUCUCGACAGGCGGCCUUCAAAUAUUGGAAAGGGCAAGCUACCCGACAAUGUCCUGGUAGACAUACUCAGCAACCUGGAUUUGCUACAAACAAUGCGCUGUCGACAGGUGAGCAUGCAUUGGCAUCAUCUUAUUUCGACACACGACGACCUUAUGGUGGAUCUGAACCUCGCCAUGUAUAACAAGUAUGUGACAGACGACGUCCUUCAAAACAUUAUCGUGCCCAUGGUGGGCAGUCGACCUCGCAACAUUGACCUCUCCAAUUGCUUUCACGUUACAGAUGAAGGUUUCAGGGCGUUGACUGAAGCGUGUGGGGAUGUGGCGAGGGUGUGGAAGAUGAAAUCAGUCUGGGACGUGACUGCAGGCGCCGUGCUCGCCUUGGUGGACAGAGCCAAGGGUCUGGAAGAGAUUGAUCUCAGCAACUGCAGAAAGGUCGGCGAUGCUUUGCUUGCUCGAGUUGUGGGUUGGGUGGUGCCGGAAACGAAGCCUGGGAUUCAACCUCCGCGGCCACCUUAUCCUCUCAACGGCAAACGAUCACAUGGGAAGAAAGGCUCAUCGUCGUCUUCACCUGGACACGAAAACCAGUCGCUACCUCCACCAGGAACCGUCAUCGGCGCGCCAAAGCUCAAGCGCUUGACGUUGUCGUAUUGCAAGCAUGUCCAGGAUCGCAGCAUGGCACAUAUCGCCGUUCAUGCCGCUGACCGGAUCGAGAGCCUUGACCUCACAAGAUGCACCAGCAUUUCCGACGCUGGAUUUCACUCAUGGGGCGUGUACGAGUUCCGCAACUUGCGAAAGCUGGUGCUGGCAGACUGUACAUAUCUCAGCGACCAAGCGAUCGUUGGCGUUGUCGGCGGCUGUAGAGGUCUGAGGGAGCUUGACCUCUCGUUCUGCUGCGCUCUGUCGGACACAGCGACCGAAGUGCUGAGUCUUGGUCUACCCGGCCUCAGGAGGCUUGAUAUGGCUUUCUGUGGUUCGGCUGUGAGCGACAACAGCUUACGCUGCAUUGGCCUCCACCUGCUCGAACUUCGGCACCUCAGCGUCCGAGGUUGCGUGAGAGUCACAGGUGCCGGCGUGGAGAGUGUUGUCGAAGGCUGCAGAUACCUCGAGUCUUUCGACGUCAGUCAAUGCAAGAACCUUCGGCCUUGGCUUGAGCGAGGCGGUAUGCAGCGGAUCAAUGGGCCGGGCAUCGGACGAGACAUCAAGUUUGAUAUCGUCGCUGACGGCUCGUGGAGAGCUGGUACUCGAUGA